GCAUUUGUGAACGGUAGAUUCGCAAUUCGCAUUCGUACUACGUGAAAAAAAUCUCAAAUUCACCCCAGUACUAAUAAUCUCAUACAGUUGCGUACACUGUUCCACUCAGUUAUAACUCAUCAUUAAACCAAUCAUUAACCUACAAUAGUUCUAUAUUCUCAUCAACCAAUAGCAAAAGAGAUACUCGUAGUAACCGUGGAUCGCCAUCACAGACAAUAAUUCCCAAAACAAUUUAUUACCUUUACUCACUCUUCUUGGGAUUAGGGUAUUUGUAUUUCAACAUUUCAUUUUCACUCUCUCAGUUCUCAGUGUUCUUCAGCUGUGACCCAUUUCGCUCAAUUUCAUCGCUAGCUUCAAUGGACUACAGCUCUGAAGAAGAGUCAGAUAUCAGUGAAUCUGAGAUUGAGGAGGCUUCUGAGAAACCUUACAAGCAAUUGAAAGACGGUAAUUACAAGGUAAAGAAUUUCAAUGGCACACUUCGGUGCCCAUAUUGUGCUGGAAAGAAGAAGCAGGAAUUCAAAUAUAAGGAUUUGCUGCAACAUGCAUCCGGAGUAGGUAAAGGUUCAGCAAACAGAAGUGCGAAACAAAAGGCCAACCACCUUGCUCUAGCAAAGUAUUUGGAGACUGACUUAAUCAAUGAAGCAGAUAAAAUACCUCAACUAGCUUUGAUACCUGUCAACCAACCUGCCCAGCCUGUUGAGAAUUACGUCUGGCCAUGGACAGGCAUUAUUGUUAACAUCAAGAGCAAAUUACAGGAUUCUGCAUACUGGCUAAAGGAAUUUUCCAAGUACAAACCAUUGAAUUUUCAUAUAUUCUUGGUGGAUGGUGAUGCUCAUGCUGUAAUUGACUUCAAUAAUGACUGGAACGGUUUCAUGAAUGCGAAUGAGUUUGAGAAAUCCCUUGAAACUAAACAUCAUGGAAAAAAGGAUUGGAAUUCAAUGGACUUGCAGGCCAGUUCAGACAUUUAUGGAUGGGUUGCACGUGAAGACGAUUAUAAUUGUGAAGGGCCAAUCGGGGAGUACCUACGCAACAAAGGAAGGCUGAGGACAAUUUCAGAUAUUGUUCAAGAAGCAUCUGAAAGCAGAAAUAGCAUUGUUGAAAACCUUGCAAAUGAAAUUGAUAUUACAAAUGAAAACCUCAACAAAAUGCAGUACAAGUAUAAUGAGAAGACUAUGUCCUUAAGUAGGAUGCUGGAGGAGAAAGAUAAGCUACACAAUGCUUUUGUGGAAGAGUCAAGGAGUAUGCAGCGUAAAGCUCGUGAGGAGGUACGCAGGAUCUUGGAAGAACAGGAAAAGAUGAGUAGUGAAUUGGAUGAUAAAAUGCGGAAGCUUGAUUCCUGGAGUAGAGAUCUGAAUAAACGUGAGGUACUAACUGAUCAAGAGAGGCAGAAACUUGACGAGGACAAGAAGAAGAAAGAUCUGAGGAAUGAGUCGCUCCAGUUGGCUUCAAAGGAGCAGAAGAUAGCUGAUGCAAAUGUCUUCAAGCUUGUCGAACAGCAAAAGAGAGAAAAAGAAGAGGCCUUAAACAAGAUCCUUCAAUUGGAGAAGCAGCUAGACGCCAAACAAAAGUUAGAGAUGGAAAUUGAGGAGUUAAGAGGGAAAUUGCAAGUUAUGAAACAUCUUGGUGAUCAAGAUGAUGCAGCUAUCAAGAAAAAAAUGGAAGAAAUGACUGCUGAAUUGACUGACAAAAUAGAAAGCUUGGAGGAUAUGGAGUCAAUGAAUCAAACCCUCAUUGUCAAGGAGCGCCAAAGCAAUGAUGAACUACAGGAAGCUCGUAAAGAAUUAAUAGAAGGGUUAAAUGCAAUGCUGACCCGUCCUAAAGCUACUAAUAUUGGGACCAAGAGAAUGGGAGAGCUUGACGAGCAGGUGUUUGUGAAUGCCUGCAAGAAAAGAUAUUUUGAAGAAGGUGGGGUAAAGGGCAUGGAGCUUUGCUCUCUUUGGCAGGAGAAUGUGAAGAAUUCAAAUUGGCAUCCUUUUAAAGUGAUCAGAGAGAAUGAUACCCAUGUGUCAGUUAUAGAUGAGGAAGAUGAGAAAUUAAAAAAACUCAAGCAGGAAUGGGGAGAUGAGGUAUACUCAGCUGUUGUAACUGCCGUGAAAGAAGUAAAUGAAUACAAUCCAAGUGGAGGAUAUGCUGUUUGGGAGCUAUGGAACUUCAAGGAAAAGAGGAAGGCAACUUUGAAAGAAGUUAUCACUUAUAUUGUGGAACAGAUGAAACAACUUAAGCGCAAGAGAUGAUAGGCAAAAGGCUUUGCAGGGGAGAAGUACAUGAUAUAUCAGUGGGGGAGAUGGAAAGCAAGACCAUUUUCGUUGGAAUGUAUGAAAUUUGUGCUGUACUUUGAGGCUUUGGAUAGCUAUAAAUAUUAAAUAUAUGAUGACAUCUCACUAGAAAGAUAGAAGUAGACCUUUUCAUGGGCUUCAGACUUGAGUGAGCUAUUUUAUCUUUUGUGGAAUGAAACACCUAUAUUCUGACUAUUUCAUUACUAGAAUAUCACUCUGAACUAUUGAUAAUGAUUUGUCAAAAAAAAAAAACUAUCGAUAAUGAAAACAGUUAUUAGUUAUUA